AUUUUAGCAGUGGUGGAGGUGGGAGAGGGGAUCCCACACAAACCCACUGUCUGUCAUCCCCCUGCACCCCUCCCCAUAGAUCCCUUGUAGAGUCAGUGCGGUUUGCUGUCACUAUCAGCAAGGACAGCGUGGGAAGCUGAGCCACCACCAUGGAGCUGCUGUCAUCUCUCAGCUUGGAGGACCUGGCAGUAUCUUUCUCAAAAUUACCUGUCUUCCCACUCUUUGAUGUGGCUUAUUAUAUUAUAUCCAUCCUAUACCUCAAGUAUGAGCCAGGUGCUGUGGCCCUUUCUAGGCGCAGUCCGGUAGCCUCCUGGCUGUGUGCCAUGCUCUACUGCUUUGGUAGCUACAUACUUGCAGAUGUUUUGCUUGGAGAUUCUCCCAUCCAUUAUUUCAGCAACAAUGCCAAUAUACUUCUAGCAUCCGCUGUCUGGUACCUUAUGUUUUUCUGCCCUCUGAAUCUCUUCUACAAGUGUGUAAGUUUUCUGCCGGUGAAACUUGUCCUUGUUGGUAUGAAAGAAGUAGUCCGUGUACGGAAAAUUGCUAUUGGAAUUCACCAUGCUCAUCACCACUACCAUCAUGGUUGGGUUAUCAUGGUUCUUAUUGGAUGGGUAAAAGGUUCUGGCGUAGCACUGAUGUCUAAUUUGGAACAGCUCUUGCGUGGUGUAUGGAAGCCAGAGACCAAUGAAAUUCUUCACAUGUCCUUCCCAACCAAGGCCAGUUUAUACGGUGCUAUCUUGUUCACUGUGCAGCAAUCGCACUGGUUACCCAUUUCCAAAGUGAACCUCAUCUUUUUCUUUACUCUGUUUAUGGCUACUUGCAAGAUCUACAUGACAGCAACUCACUCUCAUGGAUCACCUUUUGCUCUCCUGGAGAACUGCAUCUGCCCGUUCAUUUUUAGUGCUGCAAACGGUGACCAUAAUGGCCAUGAGGACCAUCAUCACCAUCAUGAUGACCAUGAGGUGUCCCAUUCAAGUGCAAAAUCCAAAGAAGAGCUGAAUGAGGGUACUCGCAAGAGAAAAGUGAAAAAGGCUGAGUGAGGGGCUCUUGAUUGGGUCACCAUGACUUACAAUCAAUGUGUCGUAAACCUCAGCCUUUUAUUUAGAUUUUUUUAGUUUGGUCAGAAUGGGCAUCCUGCAAGGUAAUUACUAGAUUAUUUUUGCCUCAAAUGACAACAAUCAAUGAACAAAUGGACUGGUAGAGAGAUACAGGGACAUUUUAUUUGCAUAUUAUCCUUUAUGUAUCUGUUUAGCCACCUUGCAGUGUGAGAUCUUAAGCUGAAUACAACACAAAAGAUCCCAUUCCUUUUAAUAAUGGCCUCAUUUGGGAUUUAGCAAUUUCCAUCCAUCCAUUAUUCAGAUAUUAGUGUUCUUUAAUGUGAAGAUCACUGAAUAAUCUAAUAAUUUAGAGCAGAUUAAAUAAUCACUUGGAGCUUGGAACAUCUUUAAAAUUCCUUUUUAUAUGUUAUGCUUUCAUAAAUUCUAUUUUGUGAAAAAAGACAGAAAAUGUGUUAUAUUUAUUAAAACUACACUAAAUUAAUGGCAGAUUAUUGUUUUUAAAUUAACAUAACAUUUUUCUCAUAUAUAAUUGAAUUUGUACAAACCUUCAUAGCUCCAGGGGAGGAAGUAACAUUGUUUCAUACUUUUUGGUCUUUUAAGUUAAAUCUAUAAACUUUUGUAAAAGUCCAGCAUUUGGUGACUCAAAAUGAAUAAAGAUGUUUUAACGAC